AUGGUCAACAUUGAUGCCACAUCUCCAGAACAACGGGGUUUUAUCCAUGGUAGACAUAUCCAUGACUACAAUGCUUUGGCAUCGGAGGCUUUCAAUAUGCUUGACUCUAAAGCUUGGUGUGGGAAUUUGGCUUUCAAGGUGGACAUAACAAAGGCUUUCGAUACGCUUGAUUGGCGCUUCUUGUUGAAAGUCCUCCAAAAGUUUGGUUUUAAUAGCAAAUUUUGUGAGUGGAUUAACAUUAUCCUCAAUUCUGCAAAUCUGUCUAUCAACAUCAAUGGUGCUCUUAGUGGCUUUUUCAAGUGCUCCCGCGGUGUUCGACAGGGCGAUCCGCUGUCCCCGUUACUUUUUUGUCUCGCAGAAGAGGUUCUUAGCAGACUGCUCAAUCAAGUAGUUUCUUCUCAUAAGCUGGAAUUAAUCAAGGGGCCUAACAACUCUCUGGUACCGUCUCACAUCUUGUACGCGGACGACAUUCUCAUUUUUUGUAAAGGUAAAAUUUCAAAUGUCAGAACUCUCAUCUCCACUUUUCAGGCAUAUGCUGCAGUCUCGGGACAAGUGGUUAAUUGUGACAAAUCCUUCAUUUUUGGAGGUGCUAUGUCUAGUUCCAAGCUUAAUAUCAUGGCUGAUCUAUCGGGUUUCAAGAUAGGUUCUCAGCCUUUUUCCUACCUUGGCGUCCCGAUUUUUAAAGGUAAACCGAGAGCUGUGUUUUUACAACCUAUAGCAGACAAAAUCAUAAAUAAACUGUCUUCAUGGAAAGGUUCUCUGCUGUCCUUUGUUGGUAGGGUGGAAUUAGUGAAGUCCUCUAUUCAAGGGAUGUUAUCUCAUAGCAUGUCCAUUUAUUCGUGGCCGAUUUCUCUUAUUCGUCGUCUGGAGCGUGCGGUUAAGUGUUUUAUUUGGAGUGGUGCAGGGGCGCUCCGCCACUGGAGUGGUGAUUCCAAUAAAACCAAAGUGGUUACCGUGGCUUGGAGUGAUAUGUGUCUUCCUACUGAUGAAGGCGGCCUCGGGCUGCGAUCUUUAGUUAAGCUUAAUGAAGCUUCGAAUCUUAAGCUGGCUUGGGAUCUUCUUUCUUCUUCGGAUUCCUGGGCCAUCCUUAUGAGGCAGAGAGUUAUGAGAAAACACAAGAUCAUUAAUCAUCAUAUCUUCUCUUCCAUUUGGUCUAGCGUCAAAUCGGAGAUGCCCUCUGUUCUUGCUAACUCUUCUUGGUGCCUGGGCAAUGGUAAGGAUAUUAGCUUAUGGUAUGCUAAUUGGUGUGGUGCGCCGCUGUUUAGUAGCUUCACUGACCUGACGUCGAUUAAGGAUCAAAAGCCCUUGCAGGAUAGGCGUGUUUGGUCUCACUCUCAGUUUGGUGAUUUAUCUGCAAAGCUUGCGUAUGAGUUUAAGCGGCUUAACGCAGAAGAAACCGAUCAACACCUUUUUUUCGAUUGUGAAUAUGCCUCUUGCCUUUGGAAAUGGCUGCAAAACAUUCUCAAUCUUCCCUUUCCUAUCUCCGGAUGGCCCGACAUUUGGAGCAUUUGUAGAAGGUCGUUUUCUGCCCAAUGCAAAACGCUCUCGACAGCGGCUUUCAUUUUCAUCUUCAAUGCAAUUUGGAUGGCUAGGAACAAGGUUAGAUUCCAUAACAUGUUCUGUUCUAUUUCUUCCUCCAUUUCUUAUAUUCUUGACGCUGUCUCCUUAGCGGGGAAUUGUUCCUCUGUUAGUUCUUAUAUCAACAUGGAAGAUUUUAUGAUUAUCAAGAGUUUCGAUGUCUCUAUCCGUCCGCCUAGAGCUCCGAAUAUAUUGGAGGUUAUUUGGAAGCCCCCUCCUAAUGAUUGGUUCAAAAUUAAUUGUGACGGGGCUGCCACUUUAUCGGGUCUAUCUGGUUGUGGUGGGAUAGCUAGAAACAGUGAUGGUGUUUUUUUGGGAGCAUUCGCAUCUUGUUUGGAUGGAGCCAAUUCUCUCACGGCCGAACUCUAUGGUGCUAUCCUAGCAAUUGAGUUCGCCUUUGUGAGAAAUUGGAAUAAUAUUUGGUUAGAGACGGACUCAACCGCAGUUGUCAAAGCUUUCAAUUCUCCGCAUAAGGUUCCUUGGCAAGUUAGAAAUAGAUGGUUGAAUUGCAUCAAUAUUGUUACUAAUUGGAAUUUUUUGGUUUCUCAUAUUUUUAGGGAAGGGAAUAGUUGUACGGAUGCCCUUGUCAAUCAUGGGCUAACUUUACCUGAUUAUACCUUUUUUUCUUCCAUUCCUUCCUUCUUAAGGGCGGAUUUUGUUAAGAACAGACUCGGUAUGCCGUUCUUUAGAUUUGUGUCGUUUUGA